AUGAUAUGGCUCUGUCUGCUACUUCUAGCAGUAUGGACGACGGUCGCAUCUGGCAUGACAGAUGAGGCCAUCGGUAAUCUCAGACAAGAGACCCGCGACAUCUUCUACCAUGGUUACGACAAUUACAUGCGCCAUGCCUUUCCCGAAGACGAGCUGCGACCUCUGUCGUGUGCUCCUCUCACCCGAGAUCGUGAAAACCCCGCCCAUAUCGAAGUGAACGACGUGCUAGGGAACUACUCGUUGACCCUCAUAGACAGCCUGUCCACUCUUGCAAUUCUGGCAUCGUCGCCCCCAACGAAGCGAGGCUAUAAUAAAGCGUUGGAAGAGUUUCAGCAAGGCAUUUCGUUGUUGGUGGACAACUACGGAGAUGGGACUGAAGGUCCGGCUGGUCACGGCAGCAGGGCGCGAGGAUUUGAUUUGGAUAGCAAGGUGCAGGUGUUUGAAACAGUCAUCAGAGGGGUCGGCGGCCUUUUGAGUGCACAUCUGUUUGCUGUUGGGGAUUUGCCAAUCAGGGGAUAUGAGCCAAGGGAGGUGACAAAACGUGGGAAAACGGGCAUUCUAUGGCGCAACGGGUUCCUUUAUAAUGGACAACUGCUGCGGCUUGCGGCAGACCUCGGAGAGCGUCUGCUUCCAGCUUUCUAUACGCCUACGGGUUUGCCGUAUCCACGGGUAAAUCUACGCCAUGGCAUACCCUUCUACGCCAACUCUCCUUACAACACUGACGCGGAGCACGGUCAGUGCAAAAAGAGUCCUAAUGGCAAUGUCGAGGUCACAGAGACAUGCAGUGCGGGCGCUGGUAGUCUCGUUUUGGAGUUCACUACGCUGAGUCGGCUGACUGGCGAUGGUCGCUUCGAAAAGGCAGCUAAAGAAGCGUUCUGGGCAGUUUGGGAUAGGCGGAGCAGUUCUGGCCUGAUUGGUGCUGGAAUUGACGCUGAGACUGGGAAUUGGGUCUCACCGUACACAGGUAUUGGAGCUGGCAUUGAUAGCUUCUUCGAGUAUGCCGUCAAAUCUUAUAUUCUCCUCUCCGGUCUUCCAUUCGAUGCCGACCAAUCCAACGUUCAUUCUCCCGAGGCUUUUCUCGACGCUUGGAAUGAAGCGCACGCGGGAAUCAAGCGUCACAUCUACCGCGGAUCUAUGUACCAGCAUCCGCACUAUGUCCAAGUCGACCUGUACACAGGUGCUAUGCGAGCAUUCUGGAUUGAUAGCUUGAGUGCCUACUACCAAGGCCUUCUCACGCUUGUUGGAGAACUUGACGAGGCUAUUGAAACACACCUGCUGUAUACUGCAUUAUGGACGAGAUACUCAGCAAUGCCCGAAAGAUGGUCGACUGCCUCUGGAAAUAUUGAGAACGGUCUCCGUUGGUGGGGCGGCCGACCUGAGUUCAUCGAAUCAACGUGGUAUCUUUAUCGUGCUACUCAAGAUCCAUGGUAUCUUCAUGUCGGAGAGAUGACGCUUCGAGAUAUCAAACGGAGAUGUUGGACUCGAUGCGGAUGGUCCGGAUUGCAGGAUGUCCGCACCGGCGAACAGAGCGAUCGCAUGGAGAGCUUCUUCCUUGGAGAAACUGCCAAGUACCUCUUCCUGCUCUUCGAUCCCACGCAUCCGCUCAAUACCUUGGAUGCGCCAUUUGUUUUUACAACCGAGGGACAUCCUCUCAUCAUACCAAAUCGUUUACGGCCUUCACAAUCUGUCAGAAGAAAGUCAGCCUCAUUCACGAACCAAGAGUCUCGCGUACAGCCUGUUUGUCCUCUUCCUCCACCAACAGUGCCUUUUAGUAUUUCUGCGACUGCGGCUAGGAAUGAUGUUUUCCAUGCCGCUAGCCUUGCUAGACUGCAUCUUAUGCCUAGUGUCGAGACCCUCGAAUCACCGCUUGUCGAGUUCAAUCAUGAUCACCCCAGCAUCUCAAUAUCCGAUAUCCAAUCCCCGUCAAAUUACACAUACUACCCUUGGACGCUGCCUCCAGAAUUAGUACCGUUCAAUGGCACAAGCUCGAAGAUGGCUGUGCGAACAACCUUUGAUUUGUCCUUUCCGAAUCUCCCAAACAGCGUUCUCAAUAUGGGUGCUCUACAACGAGUCAACGACGGCGUCCUAGUCCAAUCCAUGAGCGGCUUGCGUCUUGGCAUGAUUCGCGAGCCAGAGACCUACAUCAGCGAUAAUGGCAUGUCAUUCGAAGACAAGUUCCGUGUUUACGCUAUCUCCAAUGUAGCCCUAGGUCGCGACGAGAAAGUCUUCAUGACCCGCGACAUCAUCGAGUCCUUCAAUCCCGUCGACCCCUUCUUCACGCGCACACGGGACGCGGCAACCCUCGACCUCGUCAUUGACGCCCCUCUCUCCCCAACUCCCUCGUCUUCAUUCGAGUUUGACUCCGAAGGCUUGGACGAGUACGACUCCGAUUCCCUCCAAGAGAGCAUCACCUCCACCCUCUCCAACACCUCCCUCAAUACCGCCAACCUUCUCUCGGACUUCGACCUCGAGCUUGACCUCCCCGCCUCCGCCGCGGACGAUCCUUCCUACGUCCGCUCUCUCCUCCAGAGCAUCCAAUCCAUCCUUUCCUCCCCAACUGCCCCUCUCACGCCUCCCUCCCCUCCCCCUGUGAAACGCCAGCAUAUCUCCGGCACCAUCCCCUCCGGCCCCGGCGCUGCUCCCUUGCCAGACAAACCCGACGCCGAACUCUCCUUCUCCGACGAUGCACCACUCGCUUGGCAUAAUAUCCACGUCCAUACCACUCCAUUGUGUACAGACCGCUUGCCCUUCGACGUCGCCCGCAGCACACAGAUCCUCGUCGUACCGCGCGGUGGCUGCUCUUUCUCCGCAAAACUACGGAACAUCCCCGCAUUCCCGCCUGACACUAAUGCGCUUCAGCUCGUGAUUGUGGUAUCGUACCCCGAGCACGACGAGCCUCCGAACGACAACGAGCCCGAGCCCACCAUGCGCCAACAAAGACGGAAUAUCGUCAAAGAGCAGCAACGCAUAAACCCACUCGUCCAGCCUCUGCUUGAAGAACCGCAGUACACACCCUCUGGCCUCCUCCGCCCGAAUCCCAUCCCGAUGAUCAUGGUUGGAGGUGGAGAGAGAACGCUGGCGCUGCUGAGACGUGCAAAGGGGGUUGGCGUGCGGAGACGGUAUUACUUUCUAAGUCAAGGGGUUCGGAUUGGGAAUUUGAUUGUGCUGUAG